CACUUCCGCCUUUGCCGAGUUUGGGGUCAUAGUGACGGGGGAUCGGAGACGGGGAUGGGGUCGGGGACCGGGACUGAGAUCGAGAGCCUGCAAGCCGGCUGUUCACCUUGGGAUGGGCCCUUGAGGGGGGCAGCUGCCCCUUAAUCCCCCUCCCAGCACUCGAUUUCUCCCCAAGACCCAAACCAGCGACCCUUUGCCUCGCUACCGUGGCUGCUCGGCCCAUGGAGGCAGGACCCCGGGAUCUCAUCCACCGGGAGACCGGGACGAACGCCCGGGGAGGCGGCGUUGACAACCGGUACACGGGCUCCCUGACCUGGCCUCUGCCCCACGGGGAGUCCAGUACCGGGAGCCGGAUCUGGGGCGAGGCCCGAUACUCCCAGUCCCCGACCCGGGCCCUGCUCCAUGGGGAAGUGGGCAGCGGAGCCAGCAGCAGCUCGGAGGCCCGGUACGCCCUGACCCUGACCCGGGAGGCUCUCCAUGUCCAGCGGCUCGGUCCCCGGGCCGAGCAGGAGCGGCGGCUGGUGCUGCCGCUCCGCCACGUCCUGGGCUGCCGCCGGAGGGACGGGGACAGUGAGGCGGCCCACUUCACCCUCUCCUGCUACCUGCCCCGGAGAGGGCUGGUGGGCGCCGGCCGGGGUUGCCGCCGGGUGGUGAAGACGUUCCGGGUGGACGGCGGCGCCGGGGCAGCGGAGAAUCGGGCCCGGGCCGAACGCUGGGUAGCUGCCAUCAGGUGCCUGUUGCUGGGGAUCGACGUGCCGGCCGAGGAGGAGAUCACCCUGAGCCUCCUGCCUCGCCCUCGGCGCCUCCUCCUCCUGGUGAACCCUCGCAGUGGGCAGUCCCUCGGCAUGCAGUACUGUCACCAGUACAUUCUGCCCAUGAUCUCCGAGGCAGACGUCAGCUACAACCUCAUCCGCACAGAGUAUCAGAACCACGCCAAGGAACUGGUGCAGGAGAUCAGUCUGACGGAAUGGGAUGGGAUUGUCAUCGUGUCCGGAGAUGGACUGCUUCAUGAGGUGAUCAAUGGAUUAAUGGCUCGGCCAGAUUGGGAUCAGGCGAUCAAAAUGCCCCUCGGAGUCAUCCCAGCUGGAUCAGGGAAUGCUUUGGCUGCAUCUAUCAACCACCACGCUGGGAAUCGGAUGGCAACGGGUGAAGAGCUGCUGCAGAACUGCAUUCUCCUGCUGUGCCGCGGCUGUCCCACGCCCAUGGACCUGGUCUCGGUCACCACCUCCUCCGGCCGCCGCCUCUUCUCCUUCCUCAGUGUUGCCUGGGGCUUUGUGGCGGACGUCGACCUCGAGAGCGAGCGCUACCGGCGGCUGGGGCCGGCCCGUUUCACCCUGGGCACCCUGGUCCGCCUGGCGUCCCUGCGCCGCUACCGGGCGCGCCUCUCCUACCUGCCCGCGCCUCCGGGCACACCCCCUUCCACCACUUCCACACCGCCCCCUCACCGGGGCCGCCGGCCCCUCUGCCGCAGCGCCACCACCGACGGAGGGAACCCCACGUCCCACCCUGCUCUCUGCCGCACGCUGUCUGAGGCGGGGGGCUGGCUCCCCCCUUCCCCCUACCCCUCUGCUGAGGGCUUCUCCUUUGAGGGAGUCUCCUUCCAGGAAGAGGAGGAGGAACAGGGAAGGGAGGAGGAGGAGGGGUUUAAUUCCAAUCAGGUCAGCUCUGAAGGGGUUAAUUCCAUUCCCAGGGGCAAGAGUCUGGUUGGCUCUGAAGAGAUUAAUUCCAUUAACAAGAGCUUCAGUCUGGUCAAUUUGGAAGGGGUUAAUUCCAGUCCAGUCAGCUCUGAAGGGGUUAAUUGUGUCAGUAAGGAUGCCAGUCCAAUCAGUUCCGAAAGGGUUAACUCUGGGCCUGUUGGUUCUGAAGGGGUUAACUCUGCCCACCGAGGCCCUGGGGGAGAUGGCUCCCCCCACGAGGGAGCUGCAGUACUGAGGCCUCGUGAGGGAAUGGAGGCGGGCAGCCCUCGCAAGGGAACUCCCUCAGGAGGGACCCCCCACCGGGACCUGCCAGCCGACCACCUGCUGGCACCACUCGACUGCCCGGUUCCCGGGGGCUGGCGGACAUUGGAGGGGGACUUUGUCCUGGUGCUGGCGGUAUAUCAAAGCCACCUGGGGUCAGAGCUGGUGGCUGCGCCGUUCGCCCGCUUUGCAGACCGCGCCCUCCACCUCAUCUACGUUCGGGCUGGCCUCUCCCGCGCUUCGCUCCUCCGCCUCUUCCUCGCCAUGGGCACUGGCACCCACCUUUCCCUCGGCUGCCCCCACCUCACCUGUCUGCCUGUCUCGGCCUUCCGCCUGGAGCCCCUGGGGUCCCGGCCAGGCGCUCUGGCUGUGGACGGUGAGAGGGUGGAAGGGGGCCGUGUUCAGGCUCAGCUUCACCCUGGCCUGGCCCGGGUUAUUGCUGGAGUCCCUCCACCCUGUCCUCCUCCCCACCGCCCCUCUGGCAAGCCCUGACUGCCUCCUUGUUCCCGGCCAUCUUCUCUCUCCCCUCACCCUGGGGGAGACAGGAAUUCUACGGUACGUUAACCCACAGUUUGCACGGCUGGGGGUGCAUGUGCAUGAUGCACACCAAUUCCCCUGCCCUGUGGUAACACUACUAACUCCCUCCACCUCGAUGCUGGAGGGUCUGACUUGUGACUAACACUGAACCCCCUCCCACCAACUUCCCCGCGCUUCGGCGAAGACAUAUCCUCAUGGGCGAUCCGUGUGGGGAUGGGCCGGGAGACACUUCCCACUCCUCCGUCCUCCCUCUUCGCCUGAACUUUUGUAUAAUUUAUUAACUGGAAUUAAUUUUAACAGUGGUGCUUAACUGUGGGAGAAGCAUUUCGAUGUAUGAUGAUUGGGAGUUAUUGAUGUUGGGGCUGAUUGAUUUUCGUGUUCACUGAUCCAUGGGACGGGGAUAUUGAUUUUAGCCGCUCCUUGAGUUGUGUCGAGUUUCACUUUCACCCGAGGGAUGGAACUGGAAUUUUCAUUUGCCAUUUGAGAUGAACGUCACACCUUCUCUCUCUCGAUAUAUAAAAUCUCUCACACCACCUCCCCCCCCCCCCAACCGGGUGGGGGAACUGAGGGGAAGGGGGAGGGGGUGAUCUUGUUUGGCUGUUGUUUCUCUGAGGGAAGGCUGUAAUUUCAAUAAAUCUGUAUGGAACUGGACUCUGUGGGUGUUGUCUAGU